AUGUCGAACCAGAAACUGGAAACCAUGGAAGACUACAAGAAUAUCUUCCACUGGGCAGAAACCCAGAAGGAUGGAACAAUCCCCAGUUUCGAUACUAGGAAGAAUGACCCUUAUGAGUACCAAGCUGGAAUCGGAAACCAUUUCGUCUCUGAAGCUGUUCCUGGAACGAUUCCCAGAGGCCAGAACCAACCUCGUGUGGUAAGGUUUGGUUUGUACGCUGAGCUGAUCUCUGGUUCUGCUUUCGUCGCCCCUAGGCAUUUAAACAAGCGAUCUUGGUUCUACCGUGCUAGACCUUCGCUUGCCCAUAAGGGAUUCGACCAACUACCUGACAACAAAGACAUUGAAUCCUGCUUCCUCCCUCUCAACCCCAAGAUCCACGUAUCCUCCGCACAGAUCGCAUGGCGUCCGUUCGAGCUCCCAACUACGGGCGAAGUUGACCUCAUCGAUGGACUUAAGACUAUUUGCGGAUCCGGUGACCCGUCGCUGAGAGAGGGUCUUGCUGUGCACAUCUACGCAUGCAAUAAGAGCAUGGACAGGCGUGCUUUCGUCAACUCGGAUGGAGACUGGUUGAUUGUUCCUCAGGAGGGUAACUUGGACAUCCAGACUGAAUUUGGUAUGCUGUAUGUGCAGCCUGGUGAAAUUUGUGUCCUCCAAAAGGGAUGUAGGUUCAGGAUUGGUGUUGAGGGUUCUUCAAGGGGCUAUAUUACUGAAAUCUGGGGAUCUGCCUUUCAACUGCCCGAUGGCGGCCUGGUUGGUUCGAACGGUAUGGCUAACAUCAGGGAUUUUCUUUCCCCGGUUGCUAAGUACGAUAUCGACGACAACCCAUGGGAGAUCAUCAACAGGGUUAACGGUAGGCUAUUCAAAGCAAAUCAAGACUUUAGCCCAUUCAACGUUGUUGCCUGGCAAGGUAACUACGUCCCCUUCAAGUACGACUUGACAAAGUUUGUUGUUGUCGGUUCAGUAACAGUUGACCAUUUGGACCCCUCAAUUUUCACCGUGCUCACUGCGCCAUCCCGGGACCCCCUCACGCCACUUGUCGACUUUUUGGCCUUGGGCCCACGCUGGGACGUGACCAGCCACACUUACCGCCCACCAAGCUUCCACCGCAAUGCCGCUUCCGAACUCAUAGGCCUGAUCUAUGGUGGAUACGAUGGUCGUUCAGAUGCAUUCAACCCUGGAGGUAUUUCACUGGAUAGUGGAUUCGUCCCUCACGGUAUUUCACAAGAAGAGUACGUAGGAGCAGUCGAACAUGAAGCACCUGUUCACCAAAUCUCCAAGGGCGCCAUGGCAUUUAUGGUCGAGAGCGCAAGGCAACUCACUAUCACCGACUGGGCUUGGAAUCACGAGAACAAGCAUUUGCACAACUCCGCCAUGUUUGAGGCUCUAGAAGACAAUUUCAGUAAGCAUAAGGACGAGAUUGACCAGAUUCUCCAGGCAAAUCAGAAAUAA